AUGCAGCCACCACUGGAGAAUGAGUCCAUUGUCUUAGUAUUUACACUCUCUGGACUAAAUGAAAUGAUGGGAAACAGAUUUGUGUUUUUUUCUUUGACUGCACUGUAUUAUCCAUUAAUCGUGUUGUGUAAUGGGAUCAUUAUUUACACUGUAAUCUUGCAUAAGAAGCUUCAUGAGCCAAUGUAUGUAUUUAUAUGUAAUUUGUGUAUGAAUGGACUUUUUGGCACAGCUGGAUUCUACCCUAAAUUCAUGUAUGAUUUAUUAUCCCAAUAUCACUUGAUUUCGUAUGUUGGAUGUUUGAUUCAGAUAUUUGUCAUUUAUUCAUAUGUUUUGUGUGACUUUUCAACAUUAACAGUGAUGGCAUAUGACAGGUAUGUGGCAAUAUGUAGACCACUGGAGUAUCAUUCAGUAAUGACCAAUCAGAGAAUACUUGAAUGCAUCCUUUUCUGCUGGCUUUCUCCAUUUUUUUGCAUGUGUGUUUUAAUUGUAGUAACAUCAAGGCUAACCUUAUGUGGCUCUAGUAUUGAAAAGCUAUAUUGUGAAAACUGGUCAGUUGUUAAACUGUCCUGUUUUUCUACAACAGUAAAUAAUGUGAUUGGGUAUGUAAUCAUUAUUAUAUAUUUUGGACAUGCAGUAUUUAUAUUUUGCUCAUACAUUCACUUGAUUGGAAAAUGCAGAAAGUCAACAGAGGGCAGAAAAAAAUUCAUACAAACAUGUGUACCACAUCUGCUUGCACUGCUCAAUGUAACUGUUGCAUUGCUGUUUGAUGUGCUGUACACUCGGUAUGGUUCUAGGAGUAUGCCACAAGAUUUGCGUAAUUUCAUGGCACUAGAAUUUCUACUCGUUCCUCCCAUGUUAAAUCCCCUUAUUUAUGGACUAAAUCUGACAAAACUACGGAAGGAAGUAAUGAGACUUUUUAAAAAAAGAAGUAGAAAUAUUUGA